GGGGAAGGGGAGGAGCGGGAGGGGACUCGGACCCCAAGCCAACCUGGGACCCAGACCCACGGAUUUAUCGACUGCGGACGCGGCUCUCUUACCUGAGCCCUAAGCCUGCUGGACGGAAACGGAUCCCUAUCCUAAUUCUGCCCCUGUAAGGGAAGGGGCGACCCUAGAGAUGGGCCCUCUGCGUGAUCGUACAGACUGUCAGGCUAAGGAAACCAGCCUGGAAGUCAGAAGACCUGAGUCUGAGUUAACGGACUGCUGCCACUGCCUCUGCUGUGGCUUUGGGCAAGUGACUUCCCCGGCUGAGUCUCAGCUUUUUCAUCGGUUCAAUUCUGUGGCCUCAAAGUCCGUUCUCAGUGCUGGCGUUUCGUCACCAUUUGAGUCCACUGGCGACUUUCUUUCCAGGCUGAAUCUGGACACUGGGCUCAGGGCGCCUACUUUUCUUGCUAAAGGCGGUUAACUCAACACCUAUGUGUAUGCCUAACACUGUGCUGGGUGCUAGGGGUACAGUGGUGAAUAAGACACAGAGAUCGACUGGAAGGCCUACAUGGCCGAGGUGGAGGGUGUCAUCCAUGGUACCUAUGACUACACACAACUGCAGGGUGACACCGGACCUCUUGUGUACCCAGCCGGCUUUGUGUACAUCUUUAUGGGCCUGUACUAUGCCACUGGCCGCGGCACUGACAUCCGUGUAGCCCAGCACAUCUUCGCUGUGCUCUACCUGACCACUUUGCUGCUUGUCUUCUGGAUCUACCACCAGACCUGCAAAGUACCUCCCUUCGUCUUUUUCUUCAUGUGCUGCGCCUCUUACCGUGUCCACUCCAUAUUCGUGCUGAGGCUUUUCAACGACCCUGUGGCCAUGGCCCUGCUCUUCCUGAGCAUCAACCUCCUCCUGGCCCAGCGCUGGGGCUGGGGCUGCUGCUGUUUCAGCCUGGCAGUCUCCGUGAAGAUGAACGUGUUGCUCUUUGCCCCUGGGUUACUAUUCCUCCUCCUCAUGCAGUUCGGCCUCCGUGGGGCCCUUCCCAAGCUGGGCAUCUGUGCUCUUCUUCAGGUGGUCCUGGGGCUGCCCUUUCUGCUGGAGAACCCCGUCGGCUACCUGUCCCGCUCCUUUGACCUUGGCCGCCAGUUUCUCUUCCGUUGGACUGUGAACUGGCGCUUCCUUCCCGAGGCCCUCUUCCUGCAUCGUGCCUUCCACCUGGUCCUGCUGGCCGCCCACCUGACCCUGCUCUUGCUCUUUGCCCUCUGCAGGUGGCACAGGACGGGGGAAAGCAUCCUGUCCCUGCUGAAGGAUCCCUCCAAGAGGAAGGUCCCACCCCAGCCCCUGACACCCAAUCAGAUCGUUUCUACACUCUUCACUUCCAACUUCAUUGGCAUCUGCUUCAGCCGCUCCCUCCACUACCAGUUCUACGUCUGGUAUUUCCACACACUGCCCUACCUCCUGUGGGCCAUGCCUGCACGCUGGCUCACACAUCUGCUCAGGUUGCUGGUGCUGGGGCUCAUCGAGCUCUCCUGGAAUACAUACCCAUCCACGUCCUGCAGCUCUGCGGCCCUGCAUGUGUGCCAUGCUGUCAUCCUGCUGCAGCUCUGGCUGGGGCCCCAGCCCUUCCCCAAGAGCAUCGCGCACAGCAAGAAAGCCCACUGAAAUCCGCCCCUUCCCCUCAGGCCACUGAGGACCCUGAGCGGGGACGGACUCUGUGCCCUUCCAAUAAACUUUGCCAAGUCCACGCCUGUACAGCCUACCCUGAAGGACAGGCAGCUGGUGGCAGGACCAAGGCAUUAGGGGCAUACACUGGCCAGAUAAAGAAGUCACUUGGCAGUC